CGCGGUCGUCCGCUACCUUUUGAAUUGUUUCUUGUCGUUCUUUUUAACAAGUUUGAAAUCCCGCAACUCUCCGUGACAACGCGACUCGCGCUAUUUCAGGUGUUUGUGUAAAAAAUAAACGGGAAAAGGAGAACAUAUUUCGACGAAUCGGAAAAAAUUUAUUUCGUUUAGAGUAGUGAAAAUUUUUGCCUAAUGAUGACGGAAACAGUGGUCAAUGUGCAAGAAGCACCCAAUAACAACGCAACUAAACCGCAACCUGGCGGUGGAGCUCCAAGGCAAGGGACAAACGAAUCGCCCGUGGGUUGGAUAAAAAUUAAUAUCGAAUAUUUCAAAACUACCCCUGGAAUUUUGAAAUUAGUUGAAUUCAUAUUUGGUAUUCUAUGUAUGGCUUUAGCAUCACCAGCUUAUUACAGUGGUACACAUUUUUUCCUGUUCGUUGCUACAACCAGUUUUAUUUUCACAAUUCUAUGGAUUUUCAUAUACCUAUUAGGAAUUAGAGAAGCAUUGAAACUACCAAUCAAUUGGAUUCUGUCAGAAUUGGUUAACACGGGUUUCUGGGCGAUAUUGUACAUCGUUGCUUUCAUCGUUCAGUUAAUUAUAGCAUCAGGAACACACCCUAUUUUAUACUUUAGAGAUGCCUAUAUAGCAGCUGGGGUUUUUGGACUGUUCAACGCCAUAGUUUACUGCUUCGCUACAUAUCUUCUCUACGUAGAAAUGAAACGAAAUCAAACAACGAAUUAAUUGUUGCAUUAUUUUUGUUGAAUGGUCAAAAAUUUAUCUUUAAGACAAUUUGUACUGUUUUAGAUUAAGCCACUGAGUACCUUAGUUAUGAAUCAAUUCACAUAAAUUAUAAAUUUAAAAAUAAGGUUCCAAUAUAGAAUAAAACUUUAUAACCGAAUAUCAAUAUCGAGUUUUGAAAAAAACGUAUACAUAUUUUUCCGGUGCUUGGUUUCUGAAUUAUAGGCAUGUUUGUUAAAGUGAAAAAUUAGGGACGGUCUUAUUUAAACAAUAUGAUGUUACAAUUUAUUUAUUUAAAACAGUUUCUAAUUGUAAUGUCUUCAGUGUUGUCCCAAUUUAUAUUUUUCGAUUCACUGUAAAUAUUACGGUGUAGUUAUUUGUUACAUUAGUUGCUUUACAAUUUAUUAAGCACUUUAUGCUCGAAGUCCAUGGGUUCGACGCUCAUGAGCUUGGUACACAAGAAUCAAUUGGAACAAACACCGUGGAAGCACUUUUUUGAACUAUACUUUUCAGUAUAUAUACCUUCUUAAUUAAGUUUAAACAAACACAAUUAUAAAUCUAAAAAAAUCGAGUUUGAAAUUUUACACUCAUAAGCCCAAACAUUUUUCUGGUGUUUAAGGAGCAAAGGGAAAACGCAACUGUGCAUAAUUCUAAAAAACGAUAAUUUGGUACAUAUGCGUUUCAUGUAGUGCGCACCCAUGUGCCCGAUUGGAUGCUCAAUGCUCUGUAAUUGCAAAGCAACUACUGAUUCAUUUUGGAUUCAUUAUACAUUGUAGAAGAGCCGAAUUGAAGAAAAUACUCGUUUCGUUUAUUCUACGUAAUUAUUUUUUAAAUGUGAAGUAAGGACUUGUGAUAUAUCUAUUGAACGGUAUCUUUAUCUGUUUAAAAAUGUUAUCGUUCCUAAAUUUAUUGCAAAAAUUAACAAAUUAAAGUGAAUAAAACGAAUAAUAUCUUCUAUGUAUUUGGCUUUGUAAUAAUAUUAUUUAAGAAAUUGUAACAAUUAACUACUAUUUUUUAAUUAAUUCCAUUAAGAAUUUGAGGAGUGAAAAUACUCAGUCACACACGACUCGAUUGAAUUGAAUUGAAUAUUUGAAGUGAGUUACUCGAGAAUGAUCCACGCGUCAAAAACUCAUUUUUAACUAAAAAGUACUAUUGAAGGAGGUACAAAGAACAUCGGUUUGUCAUUCUCUUUCUCACUUUACUCAAUUCUAAUUGGUGUUAUAUGCAAUGAAUUAAUAUUAAACAUCCAAUUAGACUAGAUUGAAGAGAGAUAGAGAGUAGUACAUCGAUGUUAUUUUUCUCUCUAUAAGCAGUUGCACACCCUUGAUAAAAGUGAUAAAAACAAAUGUUCUUGUUAAAUGAACGAAGUUAUUCGUCUCCAGUAUUGUAUUGUCUAUAUCACAAUUGAACAAUAAUAUAAUAUUCCUUAUAUUUCUUCACAUUAUAAUGUCCGUGGCUGUAAUAUUUAUACUCGUUUAUCCUGUAUAUAUGUCAGUCUUAAAUAACUGCCAAAGAGUUCUCGGAAAUUAUCGUCUAUAUAGGUGGCUGUGACUUAAUCAUAGAGUUAAUAUUAAAGAUAGAAAGAGCGGCAUUUAAGUUAGUAUUUUACUAUUGGAAGGGCAUAGGUUUACCACUCUCUAUCUUCUUUUACUCCCUUCUGAUUGGUGUUUUAGACAUAUAAUUAAUAUUUAAUAUCCAAUCAGAAUAGAGUAGACAGAGUAGUGUAUCGAUGAUCUCUCUCUCUCUCUCCCUAUCAACAGUUUUAGUUUACUAGAACAAACUCCUAUAACUCGCUCUUAUCUUGAAUGUUGAUUCUAUGGAAUUAAUUCUAUAAUGAUCUGUACGUUGGGAAAGGAAACGGAUCCUGUUAGGAUACUGAACGAAGGAAUUGGUUCAAAAAGUUAUAUGAUAAGAUCACAGAUCUCCGAUAUUUAGAUGUCUCAUGACUGUGUUAUUUGUUCUGAAUAAUUUUACAUUGACAGGAGUGGGCGUUAGGUUAUUAAUGGCGAAUUUAAAUUUUGUUAAUGGCUUGUAAUUUAAAUGGAUUGAUCUACGUGUAAAUUGUCAAAUUUAUGUUGAAACGUUAUCUAAAGUUAUCUAAAAAUAUUAAAGUGAUUAUUUGCUCAAAUAUAAUAUAUAAAUCGGGCUUUGAUAAUAAAAUAUAGAGAAGUUUGUUGUAAAAUACGUGUACGCCUAUAAAGGGUCUACAAACGCAGAUAAUCAGCUCAUAGAUUCCGAAAAAGUCUUUGAUAACCUUAACAUAACAACUAAUAUCAUCAACUGUUUUUUAAAAAACAAAUUUCAAACAAAACGCUAUAAAACUUUCAGAAAAAUUGACAGUUACACAAAUAUAUAAUAUGUAAAUUAAGUUUACUUUUCGGUAGGUUUUUAUUUUGCCAUCAAAAUGAUAAAGAAUCAAAGAAUAGCAAACGCGACGCAGAGAAGGGGCAAGAUGAUAUUGUACACUGACUUUCGAAUAAAAAAAUUAAUACAAAAAUAAAAAUAGAUUAAGAAAUUUCAGAUUUUGUCACAAACAAUGAAAAUAAAAUAUUGUACGAUAUUGUCUCAUAUAGAAAAUUUUCGACGAAAGCUUUAAAGCGAGACCAAUAUAUAAAGUCUGAGGUUUCAAAAUUUUUAAACAAAACUGUAAAUCCAAAUAUAGUUCGUGGCCUCUUUUCGAGUAACUUACUCCAUAAAUACUUCAUAAAAAAAGUUAGAUUACUGGGUUCGGUUUAAUAUUAUCACAUUUGUAACUUAAUAUCACAAAUAUCCUACGUAAUGAUCAAGAGAGACAUAUUAUUAUAGUUUUUAAGGUACUUAGUAUAAUGAAAAAAACCAUGUGUGUAUACACAUUAGAAAUUAUACUUCUUUGGCUUAAAUAAGCGCAGAAAAAAAUCAAAAUUUCAUCUAGUGUUAUGAAAUAUGUAUUUAUUAAUAUUAGACUUGAUUAUUACAAUUAUUUUGUACAAACAUAUCUAUGGGUGAUAUAAAAAUAUAAUGUAAUGAGAAAUAACUUCAAGUCUAUGAACGUACUUAAAAAUUAUUGUCUUAUAGAAACACUUUUAUCACGAAUAUUCAUAAAAAUUUUCCUUCACCUUCUUGAGAUUCCGUCCACAUUGUUGUAGACUGAUAGUAACUUUUCUGUGCAGCCCAGAUUCAUUAGAAUAUUAUAUAAGUCGAUCCUAUAUUUCCCUUCCAUAAUAACUUUACCACGAAAAACUAAACUAAAGCCAAAGAAAAGUUGAAAGAUAAUAUAAAGCCUUACGCAGAUGGAAUCAAUUUUGGAUCAAGGCUUGUGACAACUAUUGACAACUAGAAGGACCCAGGCUCAAGGAAAUCAGUUCUAAAUUAGUAAUAGAAAUAUGGAAAUAAGAAAUGAUACAGAAAAAGAAUUCUUAUUCCCAUUCCAUGAGAGGUGACCCACCUGAAUGUGUCAACUACAAAAGAAACUUAUUUUAAGCUCACAAUUCUAAAUUAGAGGUUAAAACAAAAGAUAAGAAAAUACUUGAUUAAUUAUUUGGAUUUAGAAAAGGAUAAGUCAAUUAUGAACCAAUUUACAUUAUGACAUAAAUAAUUUAAGAAAAUACAAAUACAAUAUUGAUCAGAAUAUAUUAUUAAUAAACUUUAAACAGGAUUUUGAUAGUAUGAAUUAAUGAACAUAUUGGAGUCCCGAGGAAAAUGAAGAGGCUGAUCAAUGGAGCAAUCUGCAGAGAAAAGACAGAAGAAGAACCAGCAAAGGAAUUUGAAUAAGGCAAGGAGAUACAAGCACAACUCUUUUAUAAUAUUGCUGUAGAUGGAGAAUCAAGAAAAAACUAAAACAUUGUAUCUAGAAAUAUAGAAUAAAGUAAUACGAAAUAGAAACAAAUUUUGGGUAAGUUUCUUUUUCAAAAUAGAUAUCAAGAAAACUUCAGAAAUUGGAUCAGAGGAUAUAAUCAACUUUAUUCAAUACAAACCAUACCAGUAAAGCGCAAAGAUUAAAGGAAACACAAACAUAAACAGAUAUGAAGCAGCGAUUCGAUUAGUGGUAACCUAUGGUACGAAUCUAAUAUAAAAAAUUGAAAUGGAACACUGUCUAGUUAAAACAGAGAGACAAAGAAUAGAGAAGAUAUUGCCAAAUUCAUGAAAUUACACAGACUUGGAUGAUACGGACACAGUUACAGAAGAAAUGGAGAAGAUACACGGAGAAAAUAAAAUAGUAGAAACCAAUGGAAAUACUAAAAAUGAGAUGGGAAUAGUUAAUACGGAUUUGAAGAGUGUGAAUAUCAAGAAAACGAAUAAGAAAAUGAAAUACUGACAUUCUUAAAGAAAAACAGUAGAAAAAACUAGGUUAUAUUGCAAGAUGUGGACAAAAAACAAGAAGCUACAAAGAAUUAGAUUUUAUACCCCUCAGAAUCUGUGGUAUCUAUUUCUAGUACAUCCACAUUCUCAAGUAUCAAAUUUUUUGUCAAGCUCCUCUGUAAGUUUAGCAUUUGGAGUAACAUUCAUCAGCAGGAGUAGGUUAUUAAAUUUGGGUUUCGUGAUAGUCAAUCUAUCCAUAAAACAAUGCUACCGAACUGUCUAUUCUAGAUUUAUAAAUAUUUGAAUAAAUGCAUUGAGUAUGGUUAUUAGUUGACUAAUUUACCAACCAACUUUGUGGUGUUGCAUUUUGACAUAGCGGUGUCGGUAUGCAUCGUAAAAAUUUCUUACCCGAACCACGCCAGAAGAAGUAUAACUUCAAAAAUGUAUUGACUGUAUGAUUAACAGUCUAAAUCUUAUGAGUAUGUGUAAGAUUUUUGUAUGAUUUUGUAUGUUGUAGUAAUAUGUAUUUAUAUAGUCGUUUUUCACGCAUAUUCACUAUUUUUUGUUUAUUAUAAUGUUUUUGCUAUUAGCUUAUGUCUAAAAUUCACUUUUUUCAAUACUAAUGUUUAAGUUUUCAAAUUUUAUCACGAAUAACAUUGUACCUAAUACUACUGUAUAGUUUAUUUUUAAAAUAAAUAUUUGUUUUUAAUGUCUUUAA